AGCUGCUUGACCGGAAACUAAACAAGGAAUUCGGAUUUGAACGAUUUUACGUGUCAUUCCCAGAGUCUCAAACCUCCUGGACACUUUUGGUGAACAAAAUCCCAGCUGGUUGCUGUGCGUUGAUGAGCUGUGGUCACCUUGGUAGCGGUUGCUAACGGCAGAAGCAUGAAGGCUUUGAUCCUGGUCGGAGGUUACGGGACGCGACUGAGACCGCUCACCCUCAGCGUCCCAAAACCUCUGGUGGACUUCUGCAACAAACCAAUCCUGCUGCACCAGCUGGAGGCAUUGGUGAAGGCGGGGGUGGACCAUGUGAUUCUGGCGGUGAGCUACAUGUCGGAGCUGCUGGAGAGAGAGAUGAGAGUCCAGGAGGAGAGACUUAGGAUUCGUAUCUCUCUGUCUCAUGAGAAGGAACCUCUGGGCACAGCCGGCCCCCUGGCGUUGGCUCGAGAGCUUCUGAACAUCGACAACGAGCCGUUCUUCGUCCUGAACUCAGACGUUAUCUGUGACUUUCCGUUCAAAGACCUGCUGCAGUUCCACAGCAACCACGGCAAGGAGGGGACAAUCGUGGUGACGAGGGUGGAGGAGCCCUCUAAGUACGGCGUGGUGGUGUUUGAGGCGGACAGCGGCAGGAUACACCGCUUUGUGGAGAAACCACAGGUCUUCGUCUCCAACAAGAUCAACGCUGGCAUCUACAUCUUCAAUCCCAGCAUGCUCAGCAGGAUCCAGCUAAGACCAACAUCUAUAGAGAAAGAGAUAUUUCCUGUCAUGGCAGAGGAGGGGCAGCUGUACACGAUGGAGCUACAAGGUUUCUGGAUGGACAUCGGUCAGCCUAAAGACUUCCUCACAGGGAUGUGUAUGUACCUUCAGUCGCUACGGCAACACGCUCCUGAGAGGCUACGCACGGGACCCGGUUUCCUUGGCAACGUUCUUGUGGACCCCACAGCGCAGAUCGGGGAGAACUGCACCAUCGGGCCGAACGUCACCAUCGGUGCGGGGGUGGUGGUGGAGGAAGGCGUGAGGAUAAAGCGCUGCACGGUGAUGAAGGGGGCGCGGGUCCGAUCUCACUCCUGGCUGGAGAGCUGCAUCGUUGGGUGGAGCUCCUCUGUGGGCCAGUGGGUGAACAUUAAGAAAUCAUAA